AACAAAGCACUUUAUCUUUUGGCACUAUCGGGCAUGUCUAAAAGAAAAUCGUAGGUUUUAGGUUAAACAAAAUUUUUAUUGGUAAUAAUUAAGUCGCUUUUAUUUAUAAUAUUACCAAUUAUCAUUAUAAAGGAACAAAUAUAAUAUGGAACAUGAAUAUUUUUAAUAAAAUUCGUUAGUGUCGUCAUCUAGCGAUAAUUCCCCGAAUUUGACAGGAAAAAAAAAAAAAAGACAAAGAAAGGAUUCGGGAUUUCCAUUUCUGUCUUUUUUACUGUAAAUUUUAAAAAUGGGAAGUAAAAAACACAAGAAACAUCAUAGAUCGGAGAAAAAAGAAGCCAUAUACGAAGACAGAUCUGAAAAGCCAUUAAAAUUAGUAUUGAAAGUCGGAGGAAACAGUAGCAGCGUUCAGGCACCGAUCCAGUCUCAUCCUUCAGCACCACCACCUCUUGUUCCUUCGACCCAGUUUCAACAUUUGGAAAGUUUUACGUCACAGUCUGAGAUACCUCAUUUGACUGAAGAGAAACCAAGGGAUAUGUGUGCUUAUUCACCAGAGAAGCAUAAAAAAUCAAAAAAGAAGAAGAAGAAGAAGUCAAGCGAGAAGGAAAAAAUAAAGCAUGAUAAAAAACGGAAGCAUCAUCACCACCAUCACCAUAGAGAACAUGGUCAUGAAAGAAAGUUUAUGACUUUCCAUCAUGAUAAGAAGAAAAGGGAUCAUGAUACCAGUCAAGAUAGUGCUGAUACACAAGAUCAUGAUCAAGAACCACCAACAAAAUAUCAACAUUUAGAUGAAUUAGCUCCAUGUGAACGUCCAUUAAGAGAUCCUCGUACUUGCACAUUGAAAAAGAAGGCAAUGAAAAAUCCUCUACAAAUGCUGUUGUUUUAUCUUCUGAAAAACUUACAAAAGAAAGAUCCUCAGCAAUUUUUUGCUUGGCCUGUCAGUGAUAUAAUUGCCCCAGGAUACUCUAGUAUCAUCUCUGAUCCUAUGGAUUUCAGCACUAUGAGGAAAAAAAUUGAAAAUAAAGAAUAUAGUAAUGUGAAUGAAUUCAGAAGUGAUCUGAAAUUAAUGUGUGAUAAUGCUAUGACAUACAAUCGUCCAGAUACAGUUUAUUUUAAGAGUGCUAAGAAAAUGUGGCAUGUAGGAGAAAAAUUAUUAAGUCAGGAUCAACUAUUAUUGUUAAGAAGAAAUCUUCCAUAUAUAUCUGAUCUGGGAGCAGAAGAAUUAGGAUUUGAUCCUGAUGAUGAUGCAGAUGAAGAUUAUGUUAAGGAAGAAAUUAUUUCUGAUUCUUGUUCAGUUGUUUUACAAGAUAUUAAAAAGUCUAAAAUUAAAGGAAGUUGGACUCAGAAUCAAAAUGAUACUGAUUCUCAGGAUGAUGAUCUUUCUCCAGAAGAAAUUUUGGCAGAGGCACGUAAAGCAGCCAAAGCAGCAGCUGAUCGAUUAACAUUAUCUCGACCUAAGAGCAGAUAUGGAUUCUUAAGGCAACAUGAAAAUGGAAGCACUACACUUGCACUUCUUAAUCCUUCAAGUGGAAAAGGCAAUGAUAAAGAGAACAAUGGUCAAACAGAAAUGAAAGUCAAUUUAGAAAUGUUAACUGGAAAAUUGACUCAAGGGACAGGAUCUAUUACUAGGUUCCGAGAAGAUGCCAAAAACAUUGUGAAACCAGUGAAUUAUUUGAAUUAUGGCUCAUUCACUUCCUAUAGUCCUCAGUAUGAUUCCAUGUUUGCCAAUCUUACUAAAGAAGAAUCUGAUUUAGUUUUAUCUGCAUAUGGAGAUGAUACUGGGGUUCAAUAUGCUGAAAGUAUUAUGAGUUUUGCUAAAGACUGUGACUUUGUUAUGAAUAUGGUGGAUAAUCUGUUGGAUAUAUUAACUGGGGGAGAGCAUUCAAAAACCAUGAAGUUACUGGAAGAGAAAAGAAAAGGAGCUGAAGAAGAAAAGAAAAAGUUAGAUGAUCUGUCAGCCUUAGUGACGGAAACAUUAUCUACUGAAAAGAAAGGAAUUGGUACAGCUACAGAGCCAACUAAUGAUAGUGAUAUUAGAGUAGAUUUUGAUUCCUUGAAUGCUCUUUCUUCUGUAGAUUUAGAUAUGUCUCUUCUAGAUAAUGUUGGAGAAUCGGCUCCAAAAAAUGAUGAAUCAGUUAAAAAAUUACAAAAUGAAGUUUCCUUGAGUGAACAGAGGCGAGUGAUUCAGCGAAAACUAGAUUCAACUACUAAACUAUUACAGAAUUUAGCCAAAGUUCAACACGAACGGUUAAGUGCAGAACCUCCACCUCAUUUGGCAAACAUACAGGGUCCUUCUGCAGCAGAACAAGAGCUAGCCGAGAGGGUUUCACAGAAACUGGCCGACAUUGCUUCUCAAGCAACUCCUUCAGAAAUUGUCAGCGUAGAAUGUCUGAGAAAAGCCAUGGGCAUUACUUUCCGACCAGUAUCGGACGAACCGGUCACAGUUUCCAUAGAUCCUCCGGAGGAUUCUCAAGAACAGAAGAGCACAAUAGAAGAGGUGGUCAAUCAAGUGGAGGAAGAGGAGAGAGUCGAACUAACUGUUGACAAUCGGGUAUCUCAAGAAUUGGUAACAUGUUCCCCAAAUCAUUUGGCCACUGAUGAUCGCCGGUUACGUACCACCACCGACAUCGAGUCGGAAUUCAGAGAGUUUUUAGAGACGACACCCAAUUUACGGGUAUGCGAGUCACCCUCAGGAACGUGAGCAUUUAUUAAAAUACGCCUUCCAUAUUAAAAAUAUUCAAUCAAAAUAUUUAAUUGUCUUAAAAGUUAUAAUUCUAUAAAUCAAAAAAUAAAAAUAAAAAAAAUUAAAUAAAUUGACGAAAGACCUCAUUUAGAACUGGCUACUUUAGUAUUUUUGUUUGUCUGCUUCUUAUAACUUUGUAGAGAGCGCCAUAUAUGUUAUACGGAAAGAGGAAGGAAGGAAGCACUUUACAUCAUGAUGUUAGGAUUUUAAAGGCUUAAAAACUAUUCGAAAAUUAAGUGCCGUGGCCAAAAUUUUGGCACAAGUUUCUGAUGUGUGUAACACGUUUUUAAUUACAUAGAAUUCGUCGGUUUACUCAUUGUCAGAUGGGUAAUCAUUUGUCCAAUCAGUAGGCCAAAGGGAAUGUAGAACAACUCCAGAUUUGGAUGACACCGGAAAUUGUUACUGUAUAAAGAAAGACGUCACGGAAUUAAGAACUGCAACGUGUAAAUAUAUUGUAUAAUUAAUUUAUAUGCAAUAUUUUUAGUUGUAGAUGCAUAGAAAUAAAAAAAAAAAUAGUUAUAUAUGUUUCCGAGAGUUCACACUGAUCAAGUAAAAUGGCGGAACAUUUCCGAUUCGUUAUUUCCUAUAUUUUCUGAAGUGGAAGCGUAAACGCAGUAUGUGUGGCAGAAACACGUGACCGGAUAUAUUUUGGUAAGAGGCCUACAGUAAUUGCGCUUUUUACCGAUUGUUUAUAUUAAAAUUGUACAUGUACGAACGUGUAUCGGUAUGUAUGUAAAUGUAUGUAUUUCCACUGCCACUUCGUCUUUAAAAGGCCUUAUCGUUUUUCGUUUUAAAAAAAGGAUGUAAACAUUUUUAUUCAUAUCUGUAAAUAAAAUGUUUAUACAUCA